AUGUUGACUGCUCACCUUACCCGCCUUUGCUCGGCAUCUUUUGACCUCCUAGAGCUAGAUGAACAGUUGGCGGAAUUGGCAAUACCGGGUUCCAGCGGCGAAAUAGGGUUCAUCAUUCUCUUUGUUUUCGCUGUUCAGCCGACCUGUCAAACCUUGGCCCACCGCCUCAAUUGCCUUUCCACUUGGGCGUCAAAUGCAGUCAGGCCACAAAGCUUGCCUGAGACCCUCACAAAGCCGGUGUCCAUGAUCAUUUGGUUCAGCCAUAGGGCUGAGGAUUCUCAGCGUAGAAUCUCCCGGCCAUCCGCGGACAAGGUCACAUCACAAGACCCUCGGCUUGCUCUGUACCAGAACAGCUCUUUUCUUUGCGCCAUUUACUUGAAUUUACCUGGGCUACCCAACGGUACUAUUACCGCAUUCAAGGCGUCUAUGGCAUUGUUCCAUCUUAAGCGUAGACCUUGCAUAUGGGUUCACGAUUCAAGGAACAGGCAUGAAGUGUCGACGAUGAACUUCUGGCUGGAGUAUCUGCGAAUGGCUUGUCGUCUUGAUUCAUUACCUGUGGACUGCUUCGCCUCGUUUUACCACAAGUACUCAGACGCCCCGAUCGAAGUUGUUCAGAUGUUCCAUGCGGGCCAGAACGGCAUGCCACCACUUCAAACGGGCCAUUCGCGAGGCGUUUCCAUGCCUCUUGCAGCGUCAGGCUACACUAGCCCAGUGCACAGCUGUGCACACAACUACACGUUCACAAGGCUACAUCAGUUGUCGGAAACUCAUAUGCAACGCACCCUCAAACACGUCCUUCCCACCGACCUCGGGCCACAAUCUCCAUCACCAACACCUACGAAAAUGAAGCUCGUACAUUGCACGACCAGAAAGAUAUCAAAUCACAGCUUCCCUUUACUAGUUGACUAUGCCAUCUUAUCUCAUGUUUACUCGACCCCUGGACAUGAUGAGUGGGACGCAUACGACUCGGCCAGCUUGCCCGAUAACAUAAGCCGCAAAGCAGUCAUCGACAAUGCUUGUCUCCUUGCACGCCAGAAUGGUCUGGACUACAUUUGGAUUGACUCGUUAUGUAUCGAUAAAAACUCGUUUGAUGAGGUCUCUCAUGCCAUCAACUCCCUUUCGGAAUAUUUUCAAAAUGCGCGCAUUUGCUUCGUUUACCUAUUCGAUCUGCCCUGCUGCCCGCCUUACGAAUGUGCAAAAACCUGGAAGAAAUCUCUGUUCUGGAAUCGAUCCUGGAGUCUUCAAGAACUCCUGUUCCCUAAGAGAAUCUACUUCUAUGACUGCAAUUGGCACCUUCGAGGGGACACUUCUUCGCUCGCUUUCCAAUCUUUCUUAGAGCGUGUCACAGGCAUAGAAGACAUACCCAGAGAUACAUCACGACCUAUACAUUCUUUUUCAGUUGCACGCAAGAUGUCUUGGGCAGCAGGAAAGAAGGAUACUCGUGGCGAGGAUUCGUCAUACGCUCUUCUUGGCAUCUUUGGCGUCACCUUGCCAAUAAUUUACGGCGAGGGUAAACAAUUAGCAUUCCGGAACCUUCAGGGGGCAAUUCUAGACAAGACAGGCGAUAUGUCGUUGUUCGCUUGGACCAGCUUUGACGGUUCAAUUCCUCGAGGCAUUUUUGCCAAUUCAGCCGAUGAGUUUAGCUGGUUUGGGAGGACGAAAUUUGCCGGUGUCCCUUUCAAAAACGCCAGAACCUUCACUAUUUCUAGGAGUCGCGACGGGGUCGUAGUAGAAGGUAAUUGCAUUGUUGAAAGCGAGGACACCAUCUUUCUUGACCUUGGGAACGGAGCACGUUUGCGCAGUUACGACUACCUACUAGCACAGAGAUGCGGCAUCUUGAUCCGCCGAGGCGUAUCUGGAAUAUAUCAUCGUGUGGAGCCUAGCGCGAUACAGACAGCCUCUGCAACUGAGCAUGCGAAAGCCAUGCGAAUCACGAUUGAUGCGGGUGACUUCACUAACGGCUCUGUCAAAGCGACUCGAUUCAACCACCUACGAAACUCGAAGACUCGCACACGGUCGAUUAGCAACAAGAACACUGUACUUUCGAUAGACGGCAUUCCUAUACAGGAUGAUCCCUCAAGUACCGGGAGUCCUUUGCAGCAACGCGCCCCCGUCGACGAUUCUGAAAAGAAUUGUGCAGGUUCGAUGCGUGAAGAAAAGUCUCCGACGAUUGAACAUCAAAGAAACCAGUCCCAGGAAGCAGGUCAGACAUCAGUGAAGCAAGAAUGCAUUCUUGAUGCUAUACCAACUGGUCUCGAUCCAGACACUUUCGUCGAGCCAUCGUCCGCUAGGGCUGUCACCCCAGAAUCUCUUGACGACAACACCGCUGGCAGUUCCACGAAGGCGGCUACGGCGACAUCAGCAAAGCAGUCAUUUGCUAGUUACAGAGCUCUGGCGGAUGACAACAUACUUGUCAAAAGUCUAGCUAGGAAGGCGCACAAGAGUUUCAAGACAUACCAGCACAUUGUCAGUCACGACGCAGGAAGGGAGAAGCGACGAAGCAAAACAAACACACUUCCCAUCACUUCGGGUAGACGUGGGUCACGGAAAUCUCAACGAAGAGACAUUCGCGCUCGAUCUACCGAAUUUGCAUGUCCCUUGUUUGUCGAUAGCCCUUGGGAGCAUCUUCAAUGUCUGCGAGUCGAUGCUUUGAUUACAAUGUCAGAUGUCAAAGAUCAUAUUUGGACGGCGCACCGGGUCCCUUACAACUGCCCAGUUUUCGCGGUUCUUCCUGGUCGCAAAAAGCAGUGGUUUGCAGUCUGGAAGAUUCUGAAUUCUUCAACAACUCAACAGCCACCAAAGUCUCCUUUUCUGAGCGACACAAUGGGCUCUGAGGUGGCCUAUUUCAGGAACUUUUACCAGUCUUACAAGCUCAGAGGAAAGAAAACGAUCGGAGUAGGAAGUGAAAGUCUGAUCAGGCUCGAUGAAGCGGUACUUCGGGAGGUUAUCAAUAUUUUGUCGACACUGCUGAAAUACCAGCAGUUGCCAUAG